GGGCAUGCUCAGACGGCGGCCAGGUCGCGCCGCGAGCGAGCUUCCGCGCCGCCCGCACGCGCGACGUACCUGGGCGCCCCGCGCCCCCGGAUGCUGCAGGUCCUGGCCAAGUGACUGUUUCCUACAUAAAAUGCAGCUGUUCUUGCUCAGCUCCUGGCCUCCUUGCACAGAAUUUUCUCUGCGAGGCCGUGGUGUUAAUUGUUACCUAUCGGUGCAGGUUGUAAGCUUGGGGUCACCUCCAGAACCCCCCGCUGCCACUCACUCUGUGACCCCAGCUGAACCUCCUAACAUCUUGGUUUCCUCGUCUUCACACUCGGAAUGACAGUGAGGGAUCACUGAGGCCUGUGUUCGGUGGGGAAAGCCCUGGGAGUUGAAGUCCAGGAUUUGGGAAGUCACUGCCUCCGUCUGCCCUUCAGUGUCCUCUUUUGUGCAAUGAGGGACUUGAACUAGGAGACUGCUUAUUCAACGAUAGUUAUGACCUCCCGAUUACGUGCGUUGGGUGGAAGAAUUAAUAAUAUACGCACCUCAGAAUUACCCAAAGAGAAAACUCGAUCUGAAGUCGUCUGCAACGUCCACUUUUUAGAUGGCUUGGUACAGACCUUUAAAGUUAAUAAGCAAGAUACCGGUCAAGUUCUUCUGGAUAUGGCAUACAACCAUUUGGGCGUGACCGAAAAGGAAUAUUUUGGUUUGCAGCAUGGCGAUGAAUCCGUGGACUCCCCUAGAUGGCUGGAAUCAAACAAACCCAUCAGGAAGCAGUUAAAAGGAGGUUUCCCCUGUACCCUGCAUUUUCGAGUAAGAUUUUUAAUACCUGAUCCCAACACACUGCAGCAAGAACAAACCAGGCAUUUGUAUUUCUUACAACUGAAGAUGGAUAUUUGUGAAGGAAGGUUGGCCUGCCCUCUUAGCUCAGCAGUGGUGCUAGCAUCUUACGCAGUACAAUCUCAUUUUGGAGACUAUAAUUCUUCCAUUCAUCUCCGGGGCUAUCUUUCUGAUAGCCAGUUUAUACCAGAUCAGAGCGAUGACUUUCUAACGAAGGUGGAAUCUCUCCAUGAGCAGCACAGUGGGCUGAAACAGUCAGAAGCCGAAUCUUGCUUUAUCAACAUAGCGCGGACCCUCGACUUCUAUGGCGUGGAACUGCACAGUGGUAGGGAUCUGCACAAUUUAGAGUUAAUGAUUGGAAUUGCUUCCGCGGGCAUUGCUGUGUACCGAAAAAACAUUUGCACAAGUUUCUAUCCUUGGGUGAACAUUCUAAAAAUUUCUUUCAAAAGGAAAAAGUUCUUUAUACAUCAGCGACAGAAACAGACUGAAUCCAGGGAACAUAUUGUGGCCUUCAACAUGUUAAAUUACCGAUCUUGCAAAAACUUGUGGAAAUCCUGUGUCGAGCACCAUACAUUCUUUCAGGCAAAGAAGCUACUACCUCAGGAAAAGAAUGUUCUGUCUCAGUACUGGACGCUGGGCUCUAGGAACCCCAAAAAGUCUGUAAAUAACCAGUAUUGCAAAAAGGUGAUUGGAGGGAUGGUCUGGAACCCAGCCAUGCGGAGAUCCUUAUCUGUGGAGCAUUUAGAAACCAAGAGUCUACCUUCUCGGUCCCCUCCCAUUACUCCCAACUGGAGAAGUCCUCGGCUCCGGCACGAAAUCCGAAAGCCACGGCACUCUUCCGCGGAUAACCUCGCCAAUGAAAUGACCUACAUUACUGAAACCGAGGAUGUGUUUUACACCUACAAGGGCUCCCUCCCCCCGAAAGACAGCGAUUCCGAGAUUUCUCAGAACCAAAGCCCACACCGAGAGAGUCUAUCCGAAAACAAUCCAGCACCCAGCUGCCUGACCCGGAAGUCAUCCGGUUCUGUGUCUCCAUCUUCAAAUGCUCCAGGCUCCUGCUCCCCAGAUGGCGUCGAUCAACAGUUUUUGGAGGACUUCCACAGGGUGACCAAAGGGGGCUCCACCGAGGACUCCAGCCAGUACUACUGUGACAAGAAUGAUAAUGGUGAUGGCUACUUAAUCUUGAUCCGUAUUACACCAGAUGAAGAUGGAAAAUUUGGAUUUAAUCUGAAGGGAGGAGUGGAUCAAAAGAUGCCUCUUGUGGUAUCUAGGAUAAACCCAGAGUCGCCUGCGGACACCUGCAUUCCUAAGCUGAACGAAGGGGAUCAAAUCGUGUUAAUCAAUGGCCGGGACAUCUCAGAACACACCCACGACCAAGUGGUGAUGUUCAUCAAAGCCAGCCGGGAGUCCCACACGCGGGAGCUGGCCUUGGUGAUCAGGAGGAAAGCUGUCCAUUCAACGGGUGAUAUCAAAUCUGAAGAUGAACUGAACCAGCUUUUCCCAGAGGCCAUUUUCCCUGUGUGUCCAGAGGGUGGGGACACCCUGGAGGGAUCCAUGGAACAGCUAAAGAAGGGCCUCGAAAGUGGGACAGUGCUGAUCCAGUUCGAGCAACUGUACAGAAAGAAGCCCGGUUUGGCCAUCACGUUUGCAAAGCUGCCUCAAAAUUUGGACAAAAACCGAUAUAAAGAUGUGCUGCCUUAUGACACCAGCCGGGUAUUACUGCAGGGAAAUGACGAUUAUAUUAAUGCGAGUUAUGUGAACAUGGAAAUUCCUGCUGCUAACCUCGUGAACAAAUACAUUGCCGCUCAGGGUCCCCUGCCACAUACCUGUGCACAGUUUUGGCAAAUUGUCUGGGAUCAGAAGUUAUCACUCAUCGUCAUGUUGACGACUCUCACAGAGCGAGGGCGGACCAAAUGUCACCAGUACUGGCCCGAUCCCCCCGACGUCGUGGAACACGGCAGCUUUCACAUCCGCUGUCAGUCAGAGGACUGCACCAUCCCUUAUGUGCUCCGAGAAAUGCUGGUCACGAACACCGAGACCAGAGAAAAGCACACUGUGACACACCUCCAGUACGUUGCGUGGCCUGACCACGGCGUGCCCGAUGACUCUUCAGACUUUCUGGAAUUUGUAAACUGUGUGAAGUCCCUGAGAGUGGAUGCUGAACCCGUCUUAGUUCACUGCAGCGCUGGAAUAGGUCGAACAGGUGUCUUGGUCACCAUGGAAACAGCCAUGUGCCUAAUUGAGAGAAACCUGCCCGUUUACCCACUGGAUAUCGUCCGGAAAAUGCGAGACCAGCGCGCCAUGAUGGUGCAAACAUCAAGCCAGUACAAGUUUGUGUGUGAAGCGAUUCUUCGUGUUUAUGAAGAAGGCUUAGUCCAAAUGCUGGAUCCCAGUUAAGACAACUGUGAAAACGUUCAUUCCUUUUUCCCAAGGGCAUCCUCCUUAAGGACAGACCUUCUCUCUGGAAGCAGCAAGAGGAAUCUGUAGGCUGUGGCGUGGGAAAGGAAUGGGCACAUUUGAACCCAGGCACUUUAAAUUUCUAUAAGAAAGGUAUCGUGUACAUAGGAACUGUAUAGAUAGGCAUGCAGGGCUAGCGUGAUUUAGGCCCGUUAUUCCUCUUGGGAGAACUAAGCAGAAGGGGAUCUCAGUUGGGGGCCUGUCCUCCCGAGACGUCGCCAUGAUCCUGUAAACCAUCCUUGGGCAAUUAAGAAGGGGGCUCCCGCAGCGCUGUUGACUUCCCACAAACAAGAUGGUGUGGCAAUUUCGAGUUGCUUGGAUGUUUUGUAUGUAUAUGUGUAUAGGACUCAAAGGGCCGAGCUUUCUGUGCUUGUAGGCCACGCUGGAACAGUUUGCGUUCACCCACCCCCCGAUGCGAAGGAAACCCUGAUGAAUGUACUGAACGGCGGGGGAGUGGGUUCUAAAGCGGAAGGAUGAGUAGUACCUUUGCUGCCCUCCCUCCCUUUGUCCCAAUUCCCUGCCACUUCGGAUACUCGAGUUUCUGAGAAUCGCAUCCAAAAUUCCCUGCUCUCUGCCUGCAUCCGUGACCCUCUUCAGGUUCACACGCAGUGCCUGAACCGUAUCAGGUGCGGGUGAAUUUUCAGUCGAGACUCUGAGAACGCGGACUUGGGGUAUGGUCUUGUUUGUUGUCUGUGCGUUAGUUGUAGGAGCAGGUGCUGCUCACCUCUCACUGCACACGCAGCACCCAAGACUGGAAGCGCCGACUACUGAAUCUUCUACGUGGAUUGCUGCUACUUCAAGCUGCUACACUUGAAACAUUACGAUUUUCCUGAGGGGAGAUGGGAUAUCAUCUGAAUAUUCAAAAUCUUUGGCCCUUCUGAGGAAAGGUCUUCUGGUCGUUGAACCAUGGGAAACCCAGCUUCUGUAGGGUUGUCUGUGGCUGUGUGUAGAUGUGUGCGUGUGCCCGUGGGUGAAUGUUUCUCAGGAUUCCUAACGAUUCAUAUGACAGUGGAGUUUAUAUAAAGAAUGAGUCUCUGUAUAGAAGAACAAAUGUGUGCAUUCACCCUCAGUUACAAUGGUCUCCGUUUCAUUUCAAAGGAGAGGAUCAGACUAUCUGAGAAUAAACACAAUUUGAUGUUAAUUUAUUCUAAGUACACCCUGAUUUUGAUUGUCCUAAAGAAUUCUGCCUUUGUUAAUACUGUGUUCCAUUUAAAAAAAAAAAUUGUGACAAGAUUGUAGCAAAUUAUUAUUUAAGGAAAAUAAAGUACAUAAACAUUUUAAUGUGGUAUGUUUAAAUAGCAGUUUUUAUGUAUCCAGAGGAGGAAGCUAAGCCAGUGGCUUAACAGGAUUUUUAGAAAAAGGAGGCUGUUAUAUGACAGUGCACAGAAGUGAAGCCAUCUUAAUGUUUAGCAAACUCUGUACCAAUUCAGGAGAUUCGUGGUUGUCAGAGGGAUAAAGACCUAUACCAGGGGUGUCCAAACUG